AUGCGUUUCUUCACAAAGUCGAAGCGAGUGACAUCGGAGGAAUCGCCGCCACAGGUCACUUCUCAGUCGGAAAAAGCAAAUAAUUUCCUAGCCGCCGUCUCAGGAGUAUCUGUGAUUGUUCUGCAGACGCUGCAGAGUGCUGCUCGCUUCGCUCCUGUUCCAUACCUCUCCGACAUAUCUGCGGCAGCGUUGGGGAUUGUGAAUGCAGCACAGACAUUCGAAAGUAACAAAGAAGGGUUCAGAAGACUUGCAGCAGAUUCAUGUGAACUUGUAUACGCAGUGACCUCCACCUGUGAUGGUUUCACAAAGGACGGGAAAAGUUUGCCCGCAGACCUGGAGGAACAUCUCAAGCAGCUUCUUGAAUCUCUCAAGAAGAUACAAGCUUUCAUUGCAAAACAAUCGAGAAGAAAUCGAUUCUCACGGUUCUUAACAUACAAGACAGAUACUGGUACAAUCCAGGAAUACAGGGAAGCGCUGAGGCAUUCACUAGAUUUGUUCGGGCUUCAGUCGGAUAUCACCAUCCGUGAAACAGUUCAGAGGAUUGCCGAAAGACAAGAAGAGCUCCGAGCAUCUAAUUCUAGUCAACAGGAAGUUUUUCAGUCUGGAUCAGAGCCGGUUCAGAGACCUCGAGUUUUGGCCUACAAUAGUAUUUUCUCUGGCGUCAAUUCUGGCACCUUUUCUGGGAAUAUCAGAGUCAAUAACGUUGUGGGCGACCAAAACAACUCCAGUAGUAACAAGCAGUCGGUGGUUAACUAUAGUUAUAAUAGUGGCAGGGGUUCCGGUUAG